AUGACUAUCCUGCCCUCGCCCCUCGCUCAGUCCACCUUGGGCGAGAAGUGCGCACUCUACUUGGACCACGUUAGCGACCAUCUCCCCGUGUUCCUGCACUCCCUCCGCCCUCGACUGGACCCGUAUCUGACAUACUCGACCACCACCCUCCGAUCGGUCGCGCAGGCGCUGCCAUUCGACGUUGACGAACAAACCACUGCUCUCGGUGCAGCGCUUCUUCUCGGUCUCUUGACCGUGGUCGCGAUGAGUUGGGGAAACCCUUUUAACAACUUCUGGCGUCGUUCGCCGAACUACCCUCCUGCUGCCCCGCAGGUCCGCGAUGAUGAUUACAGCUACAUCACGCCAGAGUACAUUGUCGACCCGCCGUCGCAGCCUGCUCGAUACGGCGCUCAAUAUGAGGCGGGCGCCGCCGAGAACGAGCCAGAUAUCAUUUGUCUCAAGCAUCGUGGCACCAUCUACCCGCUCCAUUUCCGUGCCUACGCCAUCGACGAUGGUCUCCUGACCGUGGGUGAUCUACGCCAUACCGCUGCUGCAAAGAUGGGUGCUAGCAAUCCGAACCAAAUUCGACUGUUGUACAAGGGAAACCUGUUGAAGGACGAUGCUCGGACAUGCAAAGCCGAAGGGCUGAAGCAACAUUCCCAGGUGCUGUGUGUUGUCUCCGAGGCUGGAUCCAACACACCCAGCGAUCUGUCGGACUAUGAUAGUGCUCAUGCCGAUAUCCCGGUCAUUCGCCCUGGGUCAUCAUCUUCUCUCGUCGACGGGGAUGACGCACCUGGACCCGCGAACCCCCCGAGCAAGAAGAAGAACAACAAGAAAAAGAAGAAGAAGGGAGGCAAGCGCAGUGAAGAGAGACUGGCGCCUGAAACCCUGGCUCCCUCUCCCUCUCUGGCACCCCCGAGACCGACAUCCGCGGGUCACUCAGCUGCUCCGUCGCCAUCACCUAGCAUGAAGACAUUGAAGACCCCACUGGAUCAGGUGACUGCAUUGACAGAAUACCUCAAGCGGGAAUUGAUCCCUCUUUGUGACGAAUACUUGGCUGAUCCGCCAACUGACCCGAAGAAGCGGGAGUUCGAGUACCGCAAGUUGAGCGAGACGAUUUUGGCGCAGGUGAUGCUGAAGGCCGAUGGCAUUGAACCAGAUGGAAACGAGACUGUCCGCAAUGCACGCAAGGCCCUCAUUAGGGAAGCUCAAGCCUCAUUGAACCGGUUGGAUGAGGUUGGCAGACAGCCAUCCUAA